UUUCUUUCCUGUUCUGAUUCCUAAAUACAGGUCCUUUUUUUUUUAUUACUAUGUUGAGAUCAUUCUUUCAAAGACGCAACCUUCAUUCAUUAAACAAAAUAUGCACAGUACCACUCACAUUAGGGUAUCGUCGACAAUACAUCAAUCUACCCAUGAUAUACAGUCUCCAACGACAACGAUAUGGUACCAAUCUCUUUGUCAACCAUAGAAAAUUCCACGUAUCAACUAGUUGUUUAGAAAGAGCAAAACAAGAAGAAGAAGAACCUGAAGCACAAGUAUUGAAUCCUAAACACCAGUUAUUGAUUGGAUUCACUUGUAAGGUAUGUGAAGUACGGUCACAUCAUGUCAUGUCAAAACAAGCAUAUACAAAAGGGGUUGUAUUGAUCCAGUGUCCAGAAUGUAAGAAUCGUCAUUUGAUCGCAGACAAUCUUGGAUGGUUUAAGGAUACGAAGACCAACGUAGAAGAUCUUGUCAAGGAAAAAGGUGAAGCCAUACGCAAAAUAGUGGUGGAUAAUCAAGGUAAACGAUUACCAGUAGAACAUUUGAUGGAAUGGGUACCGGAUAUCACAGCAGAAGAAGAACAAAAAGUGGAAGAAGCAAAGAUCAAGGCCAAGUCAAAAUUGGAUAAGGAAAAAGAAGAAUAGAUUUAUUAUUUUGGAUAUAGUUUAGAUAUUUAGAAUUAUAGACAUUUUUUUUUUUUCAUUUUGAAAUAAAAAUGAUCAUGAUGACAAA